AAUGUGUGAAAUUGACUACAAACGCAUGAUAAGAUUGUAAUUUGUUUGCCAUUACAGUACACACAAAAACUAAAUCUACAAGGAAAUUAUCUAAAGGUGAUUUCAUCAAGAGCAUUUAUUUCAACGCCUUAUCUAACUCAUCUUAGUCUAUACAACUGUGGCAUUGAAACAAUAGAAGAAGGUGCUUUCAGAAGCCUUGGACGUUUGUUGCAUCUCAACCUUGGCUCCAACCAAAUAAGUUUCAUAUAUCAGGAAUCUUUUGAUGGACUUUCAUCUCUACUACAUUUAAACCUUGAGAAAAACCACCUUGAGGAGAUAAGGCCAGGAGCAUUUAGCCAAUUAGGUCUUUUGAACUUUUUAAACAUUGGCAAUAAUUUAUUGGUCUACUUGCCAGAUAUGUUGUUUCAAGGACUGAUGCAGCUUAAAUUUUUGUGUCUUUCUAACAAUAUGAUUAACAUUGUAUCAUAUGAAGCAUUUGCAGGACUACCCAACCUCAGAAGGCUAAAUCUCGACCACAAUGAACUUCAGUACUUUCCAACAGAGGCUUUCUCUAGACUGUCUGGUCUUAUAAAGUUAGAACUGGGAUGGAAUCCAAUGACAUUUAUUCAAGAAGAAGCUAUCCAUAUGACAUCCCUCAAACAGUUAUAUAUUAAUAACAUGGCAUUACAGGAAGUAUCUUUCAAAGCGUUUGAAAAAAGCAAACAGAUUUCUUUAAUUGACAUCAGUAACAAUCAGAUUAGUACACUACAACCACUGGCUGGAGUUGAACAGCUGAAAUAUCUAAACUUGACAGGUAACAGUGUACCUUGUGAUUGUCAAAUACAAUUGUUCAAAGUUUGGGCAGAUGUAAAAAGACUGAAGGUUGAUCUAUUUUGCUUUGGCCCUAAUCAUUUUCAUGGAGAUCACCUGGACUCUCUAAGGGCUAUUGACCUAAAAUGUGGAAUAUUUCCAUUUGAAGCUUAUAAUAUUUUGCCAGCUACGGAAAAGACACCUGGAAAAAAGCUAUGUCCAAAGACCUGCAUCUGCAAAUCCGAUGUUAAACAUGCCAUUUGUGAAAAUAAAUUCCUAAGGCAGAUACCCCAAGGUUUUCCUAAGGACACUAGCUUGAUUGAUCUACGUAGAAAUAUAUUUAAUGUUGUUCCUAAAAGAGCAUUCUUUGAUUUGAAAAAUGUAAUUUCUCUUCAUCUCCAGCAUUGCGAUAUUAAGGAUCUUCAACCAGAAGCAUUUCUAGGAAUGAAGAAUUUAAUAUACCUUUACUUGUCUAAUAAUCAGAUUUCUGUUUUAAAUCCUGAUGUCUUCCAGGGAGCACCAAACAUUGGAUAUCUUUUCUUAGACAAUAACAAGUUUAUUAAGGUUCCAAUGGAAAUUUUUGGACUUCUUCCAAAUCUUUUAUCCCUUCACAUGCAGUAUAAUUCUAUUACUUUACUUGCAGACAUGGCUGAUGCAGAAAAACUACGCUGGUUAUAUUUAACAGGAAAUAACAUAAGUUUAAUUACACCAACAGCUUUUAAAAAUAUGAAGUUUCUAGAAAAACUCUAUCUAGAUGAGAAUAAGCUGAAAGAGGUACCGACAUAUGCACUCAAAGGAUUGCCUAUGCUGACAGAGUUAAGACUAUCCAAGAAUCCUAUCAGAAAAAUUGAAAACGGUGCCUUCUUGCCAUUAUCUCGGUCACUGCAGCAUUUGUAUCUUAAUGACAUGGGACUAUUAAAG